AUGCGGGUCAGGCUCAGACAUGCCGUGGAUGCAGAUCACAUCGCUGCCAUCGACAACGUGACCCGCAGGCUCACUACGAACAAAAAGCGGCCUGCGACCGUGGGCUUUUUCUUUGCACUGGGCCACUCUACAGUGGUGGUAGUAGUGUGUGGCCUACUUGCACUGCCAUCUCAAAAUCUGAGGCAUGCGGUGAGGACAGCGGAAUCCAGCGGUGGUGUGUUGGGAGCUACGAUUUCGGGCAGUUUCCUGAUCGCCAUAGCGGUGAUUAACUCCUUCCUCCUUCGGCGACAGUUGCAGUCUUGGAAAGAGCAAAGCAGAUAUGGCGAGCAUGAGCACACCGUAGCUGGCAUCUGCAUGACCUGUUGUCCGGGCAUGUUCAAUGGAAUCACAGCUCCUUGGCAGAUGUAUCCUGUUGGCAUUGCAUUCGGCUUGGGCUUUGACACCUCCAGCGAAGUGGCUGUGCUAGCCAUGGUCGGCCUUUCUCACAGCCUGGAGCACCCCGUGUUCAUCAUGCUGCUCCCCCUGAUGUUUUUGGCGGGAAUGUGCUUCAUAGACACCAUCAACGGAGUACUCAUGGCCCUGGUCUACGGAUCAGGAGCAGAUGGGAGCAUGCAGAGGUUGUACUACAACAUGUUCUUGACGGCCACAUCAGCAGCGAUAGCUUUCACCGUUGGAAGCUUGGAGUUGCUGGGCGUCUUUGCCACACAGGAAGGUUUGAAUGGUGGAUGUUGGAAAGUUAUCGUGGAGCUCAACAACAACUUCGAGAUAGUCGGCAUGUUCAUCAUCAUUUUCUUCUUGACGAGUGCCGCGACGGCCUUUUUCUGCUUCAAGUUCGCCUUUCCUGGUGGAAAGGUCCCUGGGAAGCAGAGUGAUACAUGA